UGACCUUGGUACAAACAUGGCUGCUGUACAGUUAGUAGCGUCGCUUUUAGCUGAGAACGUGAUCGUUCAGACGACUCUGGUCCUGUUGGCGGUGUUCGGUCUGACGUCCUGGUACUUCAGCACCCCCGGGAACCUACCACCCGGCCCCAGGGGCUGGCCAAUCGUCGGGAAUAUGCCCUCCCUCGGGAAUGCAAAUCGCUGUCUAACAUUGACGCAAUGGGCAAAGACUUAUGGACCAGUCUACCAGCUAACAGUGAGGAGGACUAUAGUGGUUCUCUCCGGAUAUGACAUCAUUCACGAGGCCCUGGUCAAGAGAGCGGAAGAUUUCUCCAGUCGACAAUUUGGUCCUUCGAUGAAGUUUAUAAAUCCACAGCAACUAGGUAUCAUCCAAGCUCCUUUUGGCACUCCGUGGAAAGAACACCGAAAGUUCACACUAAUGUCACUCCGAGAGUUUGGCUUUGGGAAGAGGAGCUUAGAGGGGAAAAUCUUGGAGGAGUCAGUGGCUCUACAGGUAGAGAUCAUGAAGAUUGGAAACAGGCCAUUCGACAUGGGCCGUAUGAUCCAGAAUGCCGUCACCAACGUCAUCUGUUCCAUCGUGUUCGGAUCAAGAUGGGAAUACAAGGAUGAGAAGUUCACACGACUUAUGGAUGCCCUCGACCGAGCGUUCUCCGUUAACUUUGUUAGCCAACUGUCCAUAUUUUUCCCUGUCCUUCGGUUUGUCCCAGGCUUGGGAAAAGGUCUAGAGAUGGCUCGAAACCUUGUUGAUAUCAUUAAAAGCUACAUCAGAGAGGAAAUUGACAACCAUAGGAAAACCUUCGUCCCCAAUGACAUCCGGGACCUUAUUGACUCGUAUAUCAAGGAAAUGAAAUCUCGCGAGAACGAAGACGGAACCACGUUCACUGAAGACUAUGUAGAGAUGGUGUUGUUUGACCUGUUCAUUGCCGGUGCAGAGACCACCUCUACUACUCUGUACUGGGCCUUUCUACACAUGAUUCUUAACCCAGACAUCCAGGCAAAGGUCCAAGAGGAGAUCCAUUCUGUCCUGGGACACGACAAGCCGCCGUCCACCGCACACCGUGACCAGAUGCCGUACACGGAGGCCGUCCUGACGGAGGUGGCUCGCAUCGGCACCAUCCUGCCGAACAGCGUCAUACACGCCACGUCACGCGACACAACGUUACGUGGAUACCACAUUCCUGGGAACACAACAGUGCUGCCUAACAUUUGGUCAGUUCACCAUGACCCUGAACACUUCCCAAACCCCGGAAAGUUCGACCCUGGCCGCUUCUUGGACGCCGAGGGACAGUACCGGAGGGAUGACCAUGUCAUCCCGUUCUCUCUCGGUCCACGCAUGUGUCUUGGGAAGCAGUUGGCGGAGAUGGAACUCUUCGUCUUCUUCACGUCCCUGCUGCAGCACUUCACCUUCAAGCUGCCAGAGGGCGCACCUACACCAUCAACCAUUGGAACACAUGGCAUCACCCACUCUCCCAAGAAGUUUGAACUCGUAGCUGAACCAUUGGCUUGAGUAAGAGGGUCAAAUGAUUGAUUUGUUAAAGUAAGAAGUAUUUUGAAAAAUAACCAGAUGGAAGAUGAAUAUCAAUUCAUAUUUACAUGUCUGUCAUCAUCUAUACCAGAAUUUCCCUCAGUUGAUAACUAACCAAAUUUGUAUACUGAUGUGUGAUCAUAACCACAUGGUAAAAAUAGGACAGUACACGAGAAAGCUCCUAAGUGUUAGUUUUAAAGUCUUCCAAAGACUGUACAAGUUAAUAAUCUCAUCCCACAGUACUACACAGUCUCUUGUGGAGUAGAGUAUGAAUACUUCAAUUACUCUUAAGAAGUAGAAGAUGGCAUACAGUAUGUUCUACAUUUACAAUUGUCAAUUAGCUAUUAGAUUAUUUGUAUGCAUUCAAGGCCACAGUGACAGAAAAUGUCAUGCGCUUUUCAUACAUGAUGUAUCAUUCUGAAAGUUACUUAUCAAGUGAAUUGUUCAAAUUCUCUUAAGUAAAAAAUUGUAACACAGUCCAUUUUCAAAGAUUCCGAGCCUACUUUUUUAGUCUU